AUGAGACGUCCCUUAGCGGUUCCCCGUACAAUACCUAUAAGAAAGCGUCGCGACCUCACUGAGGAUCAGAAAUUGGAAAUUAAAGAGGCAUUUGAGCUCUUCGAUACUACGGGAUCUGGUCGUAUUGACUCUAGAGAGUUAAGGGUUGCAAUGAAAGCCCUAGGUUUUGAUCCGCCUAAAGAUGAGCUUAGGAAUAUGCUGGCAGAUGUGGAUAAAGAUGGGAGUUGCACAAUUGAAUAUCAGGAUUUCUACGAUCUGAUGUCAGCUAAAAUACUAGAUCGCGAUCCUCUUGAGGAAAUGAAAAAGGCUUUUAAACUCUUCGACGCGGAUAACACAGGGAAAAUAUCUUUUAAGAAUUUGAAACGCGUGGCUAAGGAAUUGGGAGAACAAAUAACAGAUGAGGAAUUAAAGGAGAUGAUACAAGAGGCGGAUAGGGAUGGAGACGGCGAGAUCAACGAGGAGGAAUUCAUCCGAAUAAUGAGAAAAUCAAACUUAUUUUAA